UAGGCUAGCAGCCACCCAUGAUCUGCUUCCCUGAGGGUACCGGACUUACGCUUCCUUCCUCACUUACUCACUCACUCAUCUACUUCCUUACUCAUUUAAUCCAAAUCUAAGCAGCCUUACUUGUCAGAAAGGAUCUAAAGGAAUACAGUGCUCAAGUCUCAAAUCUCAGCCAACAUGUGGAUUUUGCUGCUUGGACUCAGUACUGGAUUGCUAGCCUCUUCCAUGGCAGGCUCUUCUCAAGAGGUAAAGCUACGCGGAUGCAGCUUUAAAGGCGUCUUCCAUAUUCAGGGCAAUGAAAGGUACUCAUUGACUUUUGAUGAAGCCAAGGAUCUGUGUGAAGCACUGGGAGCAACACUGGCCAGUUUCGAGCAAGUGACUGUUGCACAUAACAAAAGUAUGGAGAGCUGCAGGUACGGCUGGAUCAGCGAUGGAAAUGUUUCUAUUUCUCGGCAUAUAUCAAACAGUUUGUGUGCAGCAGGCCAGAUAGGUGUUUUCAGUCUUGUUGCUCCUGAGGCGAAACAUGAUGCAUACUGCUAUGAUGAUAAAGAUCUGUCAGACAAAAACUGUUCAUCUGCAAUAAACCCUGAUACCUUGUCCCAGGCUGAGUCAGCAGAUAAUAAGAACCAAACAGAAGCUUCGGCUCAAAUUCCCACUACAGAUAAACCAGAUGAUUUCUACACUGAUACUUCCAAUACUACUGGAUCUGACCUGGAAGAUCCUGAUUUAGUAGAGAAGGAAGAAACUAUUUCAAAUAGCUCUACAGACGCACAUGGAUCAGCUGACGAUUUGGAGGAUCAGAGCCCAGUGUCAACCACUGAGCAGCCAGAAACAAUGGAUAAAAGUACAGAAGAAAACACAAAAGUAAUGCAUAACCUAGACAGCACUGGGUCUGGCAUGGGUGAGCCAAGAGAAAAACCAUACACUGAAGACACACAUGACACACCAGAGCACACAGAGACUACAAAUAAAAAUGAAAGUGACUUCACUGUACAGCCAAAUUUGAGGAUGGGAUCAGAUUCAGCUUCAGCAGCAGAGAACACGCCCAGCAGUGGCUCUACAGAUUGGCUGGUCAUCGUUUUGGUGGUGGUUGCUGUUAUUGCCAUUAUUCUGUUGGCUGCUCUGGUAGCAAAAUACAGGUGGUGUGGGAAGAGCCAGACUCUAAUGAUCACUCCAAAGAGCAGUGAAGGCAAUGGAACAGCAGCAGCUGCUACCAGUGCCCAAGCUCAGGAGAGAGAGCAGGAGAUGGUGACCCUAAUGAACAAGGAGAAGAUCCAAGAGAAUGGCAACACAGAGGAGUUCACAGUCAUUACUCUGGAGGAAUCACCUGAGAAAAAUGAGCAAGUGUGAGAGACAAGACAGGAUGGGGAGAGGGUAAGAGUGAGGGAGAGAGAGAGAGAGAGAGAGAGAGAGAGAGAGAUGGGCCAUGGGACAAUGGGAAGGUUAAAAGCUGUUAGACACCAAGCAGUUGCUAAAAUAUGACUGUGGAAUUUAUGGGAUGAAUACAUUCUUUUUAUAUAUCAAAAAACAAUACAUUUCUUAAUAAUUGUAAACCUUUUAUAUUUGUCAAAAUAGAAAGCACAAAUAAAUAAACCUAAAAGGAAAAGUAUAUAUGAACCCCAGGUAGAAGGAGACAUUCUAAAUUUGAGACUGAGGCUGGAUUCCUUGUAUUUUAUUAUUUCGUUUUGGCUUCAUGGUGAGAGCUGCAGAUGGUAAAUUCAGCAUAGACACAGCCAAUUUCUAAGCUCCACCUUUAGGAAAAGUUUAGGAAAUGGGUUUGUUGUGGAGAAACUUGGCCUACACAGAGACCUGACCUCAACCCGCUGAUCACUGCUGGGAUGAACUGAAAGAUUAAUUUCAAUCCAGACCUUUACAUCGAACAUCAGUGCCCGAGCUUAACAUUGCUGUAUCUGUGAAAAAAUCCAGGAUACACACUUCAAAAUCUUCUGCACAGCUUUCUCAGAGCUUUCCCAGAAGCUGAGUGCUAACUUCCUAUUAUUGUCCACUGUUUUGGAAUAGGAUGUCCAAAAAGCUCAUGGUUAGGUCUCCACAUAUUUUGGCCAUAUACUGUAGUGUAUUUUGUAUGUGAUGUAAGGAAUGGAGUGGAAGGAUUUCAGCCCAUUCUUAGUGAUGUCCCUUUCUGCAUCUGAGUUUAAUGGUUAGGUGGUGAACGCUAAACAUGAACAUGGCGAGUAAACAAAGCUUUCAAAAAGAUUCUAGAAAAGUACUUUAAAGCACAAUCAAGAUUUAGAGCAAUUAAAUUGAAAAAAAAUGCCACUUAUUUGCUGUCAGCAUUGAAACUGGGCAUUCUGAGACACUUUUACAAAUGUAAUGCAAAUUCUCUUGUUCUGUUGUUAAUUAAGAGAAGAUCCCUUAAAUUUAAUUUAAUUUGAAUACUAUUAUAUGCAAAGAAUUAUUGGUUUGCAAGGAUAGAAAGGUGCAAAAUGAUGUAAAGUUGUAAAUAAGGGCCAGCACAGACUGCUAGCACAGACCCAUCAUAGUGCUUUCAUUUUCUCUUUAGCAAGUUAGAAAACCAGCAAGAAAGAGUGGCUGGAGGAAUGCACUGCUAAUUAGAAAGGAACAAUAAGGUCCACAACUGUGUUUUUCUAAAAAUGUUACCUGUAUUAGGUUUGUGUAAAUUUAGGUUUUUUUUUUUACCAUUGGAUGGAUAUGUAUAUGGAUUCUUA